AUGGAGUGCUGCCGUCGCACAGAGUGCAGUCUUCGCAAGGAGUGCUGCCUUCGCAAGGAGUGCAGCAAUCGCACAAAGUGUAGCCUUCGCACAGAGUGCAGCCUUCGCACAGAGAGCGCCUUCACAAGGAGUGCAACCUUCGCAAGGAGUGCAGUCAUCGCACAGUGUGCAGCCAUCACACAGAGUGCAGCCUUCGCACAGAGUGCUGCCUUCGCACAGGGUGCUGCCUUCGCACGGAGUGCAGUCUUUGCACAGAGUGCUGCCUUCACAAGGAGUGCAGCCUUCACACAGUGUGCUGCCUUCGCACGGAGUGCCGCCUUCGCACGGAGUGCAGCCUUCGCACGGAGUGCUGCCUUCGCACGGAGUGCAGCCUUCGCACAGAGUGCAGCCUUCGCACAGAGUGUAGCCUUCGCACAGAGUGCUGCCUUCGCACAGAGUGCUGCUUUCGCACAGAGUGGUGCCUUCGCACAUAGUGCUGCCUUCACACAGAGUGCAGCCUUCCCACAGAGUGCAGCCUUCGCAAGGAGUGCAGCCAUCGCACGGAGUGCAGACUUCGCACAGAGUGCUGCUCUCGCACAUAGUGCAGCCUUCACACAGAGUGCUGCCUUCGCAAGGAGUGCAACCUUGGCACAGAGUGCAGCCUUCGCACACAGUGCUGCCUUCGCAAGGAGUGCAGCCGUCGCACGUAGUGCAGGCUUCGCACAGAGUGCUCCCUUCGCACAGAGUGCUGCCUUCGCAAGGAGUGCAGCUUUUGCACAGAGUGCAGCCUUCGGACAGAGUGCUGCCUUCGUACGGAGUGCUGCCUUUGCACAGAGUGCUGCCUACACACAGAGUGCACAAUUCGCACAGAGUGCUGCCUUUGCACAGUGUGCUGCCUUUGCCCAGAGUGCUGCCUUCACACAGAGUAUCGACUUCGCACAGAGUGCUGCCUUCGCACAGGGUGCAACCUUCGCACAGAGUGCAGCCUUCGCACAGAGUGCAGCCUUUGCACAGAAAUCUGCAUUCAAACAGAGUGCAGUGUUCGCACAGAGUGCUGCCUUCGCAAGGAGUGCAGCCUUCGCACAGAGUGCAGCCUUUGCACAGAGUGCAGCCUUUGCACAGAGUGCAGCCUUUGCACAGAGUGCAGCCUUCGCACAGAGUGCUGCCUUCGCAAGGAGUGCUGCCUUCGCACGGAGUGCUGCCUUCGCACGGAGUGCAGCCUUCACACGGAGUGCUGCCUUUGCACGGAGUGCAGCCUUCGCACAGAGUGCUGCCUUCACACAGAGUGCUGCCUUCGCACAGAUUGCUGCCUUCAGUGCAGCCUUCGCAAGGAGUGCUGCCUUCGCAAGGAGUGCAGCCUUCGCAAUUAGUGCUGCCUUCGCAAGGAGUGCUGCCUUCGCAAGGAGUGCAUCCUUUGCACGGAGUGCAGCCUUCGCACGGAGUGCAGCCUUCGCAUCUAGUGCAGCCUUCGCAAGUAGUGCAGCCUUCGCAAGUUGUGCAGCCUUCACACAGAGUGCAGCCUUCGCACAGAGUGCUGCCUUCGCAAGGAGUGCAGCCUUCGCAAAGAGUCCUGCCUUCGCACGAAGUGCUGCCUUUGCAGGGAGUGCUGCCUUCGCAAGGAGUGCAGCCUUCCCACAGAGUGCAGCCUUCGCACGGAGUGCAGCCUCCGCACGGAGUGCAGCCUUCGCACGGAGUGCAGCCUUCGCACGGAGUGCAGCCUUCGCACAGAGUACAGCCUUCGCACAGAGUGCAGCCUUCGCACAGAGUGCAGAAUUCGCACAGAGUGCUGCCUUCGCACAGAGUGCUGCCUUCGCACAUAGUGCUGCCUUCGCACAGAGUGCUGCCUUCGCACAUAGUGCUGCCUUCGCACAGAGUGCUGCCUUUACACAGAGUGCAGCCUUCACACAGAGUGCAGCCUUCGCACAGAGUGCAGCCUUCGCAAGGAGUGCAGCCAUCGCACGGAGUGCAGCCUUCGCACAGAGUGCUGCUUUUGCAUGGAGUGCAGCCUUUGCACAGAGUGCUGCCUUCUCAAGGAGUGCAACCUUCGCACAGAGUGCAGCCUUUGCACAGAGUGCUGUCUUCGCAAGGAGUGCUGCCUUCGCAAUGAGUGCAGCCUUCGCAAGGAGUCCUGCCUUUGCACGAAGUGCUGCCUUCGCAGGGAGUGCUGCCUUCGCAAGGAUUGCAGCCUUCGCACAGAGUGCUGCCUUCGCAAGGAGUGCAGCCUUCGCACAGAGUGCACCCUUCCAAGGAGUGCAGCCUUCGCAAGGAGUGCAGCCUUCGCACGGAGUGCAGCCUUCGCAUGGAGUGCUGCCUUCGCACAGAGUGCAGCUUUCGCACAGAGUGCUGCCUUCGCACAGAGUGCUGCCUUCGCACAGAGUGCUGCCUUCGCAAGGAGUGCAGCCUUCGCUCAGAGUGCUGCCUUCGCAAGGAGUGCAGCCUUCGCAAGGAGUGCAGCCUUCGCAAGGAGUGCAGCCUUCGCAAGGAGUGCAGCCUUCGCACGGAGUGCUGCCUUCGCACGGAGUGCUGCCUUCGCACAGAAGUGCUGCUUUCACACAGAGUGCUGCCUUUGCACAUAGUGCUGCCUUCGCACAGAGUGCUGCCUUCACACAGAGUGCAGCCUUCGCACAGAGUGCAGCCUUAGCAAGGAGUGCAGCCAUCGCACGGAGUGCAGCCUUCGCACAGAGUGCUGCUUUCGCACGGAGUGCAGCGUUCGCACAGAGUGCUGCCUUCGCAGGGAGUGCAGCCUUGGCACAGAGUGCUGUCUUCGCAAUGUGGUGCAAUUGUCUCUGA